AUAAAACAAAAAAAAAAAACCUUGAAAAACAAUUAAAACCAAACACCAUAUCUGGCGGGACAGAGCAGAGCGGCCUGAGAAUAUUUGUGGUUAGAUCGCCUCACACCUGGUCUAGGUUUCUCUUUAUAUAUAUAUACUCAAUUGUUAUGAAAUUUUAGCUUCCGAGAUGACUCAACCUACCUGCUCCCCCCAACACCAAUCUCCUCCUCGCUCGAUGAUCCCGCCUCGCAAAUCCGUGGCCAGUUUCCACCGCCGCAGGGGGAGGAGCGUUGUGAGAAUGCUUUUACAGAGGGAGAUAUCACCAAACGCCAAGUUUGUGUCGAGGAAACGUUGGAGUAAAACUAGAUCAUAUACUAUGAAACAGACAGGACAAAGUCUUCUUUCAUGGGCUGAGGCAGAGUCAUUGCAGCAUUUAUCUGCCAAGUACUGCUCUUUUGGACUUUCUCCAAAAUCAACUAUUGCAGCCGCUUUUAGUUCUGAUGGAAAAACUCUUGCUUCUACCCAUUACUUUUCUUGUAGUGGUGAUCAUACCGUAAAGAUUAUUGACUUCCAAACUGGAAACUGCUUAAGAGUUUUGACCGGCCAUCACAGGACUCCUUGGGUGGUUAGAUUCCACCCGCGAGAUUCAGAAAUAGUUGCUAGCGGAAGUUUAGAUCAGAAUGUCCGCUUAUGGAAUGCCACUACUUCAGAGUGUAUUAAAUCUCAUGACUUCCGGAAGCCUAUUGCUUCUAUGGCCUUCCAUGCCGAGGAUGAACUACUUGCUGUUGCUUCUGGUCAUAAGCUGCACAUGUGGCACUACAAUGGGAGUGGAGAGGAAUCAACACCAGUUGUUGUAUUGAAGACGAGGCGUUCUCUGAGAGCUGUACACUUUCACCCUCAUGGGGCUCCGUUUCUCAUGACCGCAGAGGUGAGUGAAAUAGAUCCGUUAGAUUCAUCAAUGUCUAUAGCAACAUCUGUGGGUCACUUGAGGUAUCCUCCUCCCCCUGCUAUCGUUUUCACUCGCCCUGAAAGCAGUCAAGACCUUCCUCUUGUGCCAACUCCACAAACUGUUGGAAGGAACCGAUCAGAUCGCCCUGAGCUUGGAAAUAUUCGGCGGUUUAUACAAGGAUGGUUUAUGCCUGAAGGUCAUAGUCUUGAGGGUGGAGUAUCUUUUCCAGUUCAACCUUUGGCGAACUGGGUGCAGUCUGAGUUUGCUACCCCGCUUUCGGCUGCAGCUACAGAAUUGCCUUGCACUAUCAAAAUCAAAGUGUGGCAACAUGACAUCGGAGACCCAUUUGCACUGAUGAAAUCUGACACAUGUCUGUUAACAAUACAGCAUGUCGUCCUUUGCAGUGAGAUGGGAGCUCAUUUUUCGCCCUGUGGGAGAUACUUAGCAGCCUGUGUUGCAUGUGUUGUUCCUCAUGCUGAGAUAGAUCCUGGACUGCAGACACUAGCUCAACAAGACUCAGGGCUUGCAACUUCCCCUACUCAACACCCUCUCACAGCACACCAAGUCAUUUACGAGCUUCGUGUCUAUUCUCUCCAAAAGGAAAGCUUUGGUUCAGUACUUGUGUCACGUGAAAUUAGAGCUGCGAAUUGCUUGACCUCUAUCCAGUUCUCGCCCACCUCCGAGCAUAUAAUGCUUGCAUAUGGACGGCAUCAUGCUUAUCUUUCGAAUAGCAUUGUUACUGAUGGUGAAGCUACAUCACAUUUUUUCAGAGUGUUGGAGAUAUACAGAGUUUCGGAUAUGGAGCUUGUGAGAGUACUCCCAAGUUCAGAGGAUGAAGUGAAUGUUGCUUGUUUUCAUCCUUCUCCUGGAUGUGGGCUUGUUUAUGGAACCAAGGAGGGUUCACUGAGGAUUUUCCAGUACAAUACAGCUGCUACCUCUAAAUUCACUGGACCAAACACCUAUCCUGAUGAGAACUUGUCCGAGGUAGCCUAGCAUUAUACAAAAAUAAUCGUUGGAUCUUUUUGGAACAAACCAAAUCAAACAAAAAGGUGCAAACAUAUGCAUUAGAGUGUUCCAAGCAAGAAAGAAGCCAUUUUUUUGGGUUCCAUAAAUCUUUUUCAGACAUUUUCUUUUAGGUAAAGAGACUGCAGAUAAAGAAAUGUAAAAAAUACUGUUUCUGUUGUUUGUAACAGAGUACCCUUACCUUUUUAUAUAUUAAGUUAUUAAC